AGAUCUUAAACUAGAAAACAUUCUUCUUGACACUCACAAAAAUAUAAAAUUAGGUGAUUUUGGUUUUACAAGAGAGUAUGAAAGCAAAAAACUAUUAGAAACUAGAUGCGGUUCGACAGAGGCCAAAGACCUUAUAAAGUCAAUAUUACAACUUGAACCAAAAGAACGACCAACGUUAAAACAGAUUUUACAACAUGCAUGGUUUACGAAAAAUGAAAAGGAACCUAUAAGACAAGCAACGAUAGCACAAUCGGGAAAUAAUAACGACGCAAUUGGGCAUCUUGAACGUCAACGGCAUGAAAUUUUUUUAUUAAAACAAAAACAAGAUGCACAAAAUUGUUAUCCAACGGGAUUUAUUCGCAACAAAGGGAAUGAUGUAUCAUCAGUAGCACCUUCUGCAUUUCAAACACGAUUAACAGGAAUGACAACUGCAAUAGAUAGUUGUUCUACAUCGCGGAAAACUUUUGGUCCUUCAACUUCAAAAUCAUCUCGAAGAUCCUCGAUUGAUAGUAAGACCUUUAAUGAAAAGAUUUUUUUUACAACUCCUGAAGAAAAGGAAUUAUUAGAUAAACUAGAAGGCUUAGGUUUUGAUGUCCAAGCCAUAAAAUCUAGUGUUUUAGAAGGUAAAGUAGACUCUGCUAGUGGACUUUGGUGGCUUUUAUUAACAAGACUACGAGAAAAAAUAAAGAUUGAAGUUGCACCAAGUUCAGUAACAAUGGUAGACGUUGCUGUUGGUACUAGUGAUGAUGAAUUAGAAAUUGCAGAUGAUAUUGAGGAAGAACCUGAUAGCAUGGACUCUCCUGUAGAUAGUAACAUGUCAUCUCAGGAAGAUGAUUGUAAUGAAAUAAUAGCUGAAAAUUCUAUAAAAGUUCCGGAAAAGAUGUUACCACCUACACCACCGCCGAAAACAUAUCAUACAGCUCCAGCUUCGCGUGAAAGACGCAAAUCUUUAAUCCUUUCACUGCCGGAAGCAGUUGAACCUGUUUUGACAGCAAUUACUGCUACAGCAUCGCCUCCUUUGUCACCUAAGAAAUUUUCAUCUUUUACUAGUCCAUUAAGUUCACGGUCAGUAAGUCCUAUACCGCAUAUAUCAAUCACCCCAAUAACAAUACAGUUACCUAAUAGUAAAGAUAAUAGAAAGAAAAGCAUAUUAUCAACGAUAAAGGGAUGGUUGGGUGGAUCUAGUCAACAGACUCAUAAAGAUUCGAGUAGUGCUUAUAAAAAAAGUAUGUUGAAUUGGACUGAAAGUGGAAUUGUGGUUCCUGCUGAUGUUGCACGUUCACAAAUGCGUAUUGUCAAGAGGAAUGAUGGUAAAACACCAUUGUCAUAUGAUAGUACUAGUAGUAUCAAUAUUCGAAGAAGAUCGUCGUCAAUAUCACGUGGUGGGUCAAUAAAAGAUAGAAAAAAGAAGAACCGAAAUUCUUUUCAGGGUAACAAAAGUCGUCGUUCAAGUACUGCACCUUUGACUAUUCCUCCCGUUACGCCUUCUGUUGUUCUUUCUCAUAAUUCCCCAAUCGGUAUGUCACCCAUCCCUGGGACACCACCAGCGGUUAGACAUAAAACCAUGUUUACCAUUAAUCGUAGAAACCCAUUUACUUAUACAGGAAACUCAUGGGGACGUAAACAAGUAAAGCGACGGAGUAUAGGAGGAAGUUCAAUUAGCAGCAGCAUACAGGAAAACUUGGAUGCUGAAGUUGGAUCUGGAUCUGGCUCAUCUGAGAAUGCUAAUAAUCAUCAGGAUAAGGACACUUUUGAGACAAGUGCGAUAGAGAACAUUUCUGAUGAUACUGUAAAAAAUGAUACUUUAACCAUAGAUGGACAUACUAUAAUAGAUAACAACUCUGAACCGUCGAUAUCAAAACAGAAGAAAAUAGAUUUACAAAAAGUAGACGAAUCGUCACAUAAAAUACGAGAAGAAGAUGUGACUUCGAGUGAUGACGGUGAGGAAUCUGAUACAUUUAUUGAUGCUUCAAGUGAAAUUGCAUCUCACCCACGAUCCCGUACGCCAUCACCAUCACCUUUUACUGCUGCAUCCCCAUUAUCUAAUGAUUCACCUGUACUCAAACCUUACGGAACCAUCAUAAAUCCACUUACUUUUCCUUACACCCCAUUCCAUAAUUCCAAUUCUACUUCUAUAAUAUCGCAAAUACCAGUCUCUCCACCUUUAUCCCCAGCCGAUAACAAUUCCGAAGUUUCACCUACGUCACCAAGAAAAAGCCAUCAACGUCUCAACUCAUUACCCGCUACACUAAAUUCAGGAUCAGGAGUGAAACAGAGGGACGUUUAUAUUCCUCCUAUUGAGAAGUCACAGGCACUUGCACAAUCAGUAAUAGAUUUUAUGUCCACACCACCAGAUUCACCAAAAUUGCCGUCACCGACAAUAACGCCUUCCUCAUCGUCAACAUCUCCACAUACGCAUAUAACCAAAUCUUCACAGUUGCGUCAAUCGCAUAGCCGUUCACAUUCUUCACCGACUAUCGGAAACAACAUAGGUAAUAGCAAGGUGGAUGUUACUUCGCGUAAUGAAACUUCCAGAAAAGACUCUUCGUCCUCGUCACCAAAUGGACUCAAUAAUGCGCAGCUGCUUACCGUAAGUAGUCCAAUGGCUUUACGGAGAAAAAAUCUAAUCACAACAAAGCCCUCGGUGAUCAUGGAGGAAGAGGAAGAAGAAUGUUGA